CUCGGGUGAUAACACCUGAAUGAACUUCAGAAUUAUAUACAUAGAAGACCUUGAGGCAUACUCCGUAUGUAUAUCUUGUUUUUUCAUUCAUAGCAGCUCUCACGAUGUACUGCCCACAAACCCUUUUCCAGAGGACCUAACUGUAAUUAAAGAGGCCUUCUUGGUGUGUAAAAUCCACACAAUUAAUGGAGAAUGCAACCUUUUGCUCCAAAGUUCUUCAGGAUCUUCGGCCCAUGUGGAUGAUAUAUUUUGCAAUUUCUUUAAAUGCAAUUUUGAGUGCCACAGCCACUUUGGGAAACAUCGUGAUUUUCGUGGCUCUCGGUCGGGAUAAUCAGCUUCAUAUGUCAACAAGGCUUCUCUUUCGUUCUCUGGCACUAACGGAUCUCGGUGUUGGACUUAUUUCGCAGCCUUGUUUUGUGAUCUACCUUCUUUUGGUCGUUACAAAAAGGUUAAAUGAUUGUGAAAGAACUGAAAGUGUAAUGCAGGUAUCUACAGCUCUCCUUUGUAGCAUUUCACUUUGCACAUUAACCGCAGUCAGUAUAGACAGACUUCUUCUUCUUAAGCUGGGGCUAAGACACAGAUGUGUUGUAACCGUAAAGCGAGUGAAAGAAGUCGUUUUUCUUUCGUGGACGGUGUUUCUUUCGAUUGGAGUGUUAUACUUUUUGAACACAACUAUCUUCACUAUGACUGUUUGCGCGAGUGUUCUGCUAUGCCUUCUAGCGUCGGCGUACUCCUACAUUUCAAUAUAUUUCUCCUUACGAUGUCGAAUUGCUCGAAUUUUGCAACAGAAUGCUCACGAUCAACGCAAGGUCUUCCGGCCACGAAAUUUGUUAAGGUAUAAAAGGACAGUCUCUACCUCAUUAUGGGUCUACUUUAUACUGGUGGUGUCCUAUCUGCCAUUCGUUCUUGUACAGGUGACAAGGACUCGCCUUGGAGAUAGCCGGUCCAUUGUUAUCGCAGAAGGAUGCACUACAUCUCUAGUUUAUCUUAAUUCCACACUGAACCCGUUCAUUUACUGUUGGAGGAUUAGAGAAGUGAGGAAAGCGGUUAAAACAAUGGUUCAACGAAUCGGUUUGUUCUUUCUCCGAAUAGUUACCGCGGUGCUUCCAUAAUUUAUUAAAAAUUGUUGGGCUUUUAAGGCUUGAAGAAAAUAAGGGAGUGAGAAAAAAGAUAGUUGAUGUAAAGCAUACUAUUGCGAAAUAUCCGCUGCUGAGGUUAGGAGAGGUGAGGAACAGGGAUGGCUCCGCGGGUAGAAUGCAAGAUUGCUCGCCAGUCGAUUUCACGGUCGGUGUUUCGAAAGGAAGACUGGCAGCUCCGAAUGAAAAAAAAAUUAUGCUAACGAACAUCUGCUCAAUACACACUGAAAAGUGAUCCACUGUCCAUCAAUCACAAAUGUGCUUCAACGAGAUAAUACCAGAAAGACAAUACAAGCUUAUCUAAGUUAAUCAAUAUCUUGCAAUUUAAAUUCGUAUUUACAGAAAUAGUUAGGGUGAUGUUGGAAUAAGUACGAAAACAACUGAGAGACAUUUCAAGGUGUCAUUUAGGGGUGGGCAUAUUUAAACAGCUGAUGUGAAAAAGGAAUAUUAUAUGGCAAUUUGAUUUAAUCAGAAAGAUGCCACUUUUUAAGCCCGGGUGUUGAAUACAGAAACAAGAUAUUCGUUUUGUCUUCCGCGUAGGACGAGGAGGAUAUUUGAGAACCCAACGAAGAUUCAAAGCUCAGAUCUUGAAUUUACGGUCCGUUUCUCUGCUACUGUGGUAAAUAGUGAACUUAGGCAUAUAUUUGGCACGUACGUAGUAAGUGUCCUGAGUACUUCUGAAAACUGAGAAUUAAUUCCUCGUGGGUGAACCAAGAUAUUUUCUUUGUACUGCUCCCGCGACAAAAAAAAAAAAAAAAAACACUUACUGCAUUAUCUACCAUAAGAAAAUUUUUGGUCUUU